AUGCAAGUAACUUCACUCCUUCGAUACUCGGGAGUAUGUCCUUUCCUAGGACACUCCACCGCGACAUCGCUCCGAUCGAUGGCAUCCACCAACGUAUCGUCAAACGUCUCAUCGCUCACUGCGAAAGCUAUGACCUGUCCUAUGAUGGGUCCCAAGCUCGCUUCCAUCUCUCAAGCUAGAACUUACGCUUCUGUAGCUGGUAACAAGGAGGUCGAAGAGAUUCACAAGCAAAAGAACGUUCAAUUCAACAGUGCCGAAGCUGAUAAAUGCCCUCACGCUCAAGCUGCAAGAGAAGCUGCUGCGAACGUUAAAGAAACUGCUCGUACUGCUGGUAGAUUCGAUUAUCAACAGUUCUAUGAUGCCGAGUUGCAAAAGAAACACAAAGACAAGUCAUACCGAUACUUUAACAAUAUCAAUCGACUCGCCGCUAAAUUCACGAUCGCGCAUACUUCGAAUGUCAAGGAUGAAGUCAAUGUUUGGUGCGCGAAUGAUUAUUUAGGUAUGAGUAAGAACCCGGUUGUCCUCGGUACUAUGAAACGCACUCUCGAUCGAUACGGUGCAGGUGCAGGUGGUACCCGUAACAUCGCUGGUAACGGUGCAUUACACCUUUCACUUGAAGAUGAGCUUGCAUCACUUCAUCGAAAACAAGCUGCACUGGUAUUCUCUUCAUGCUACGUCGCCAACGAUGCUUGUCUCGCCACCAUCGGAGCCAAAUUACCUGGAUGUGUGAUCUUCUCCGAUUCAAUGAAUCACGCAUCGAUGAUUCAAGGUAUCCGACAUUCCGGUGCCAAGAAGGUCAUCUUCAAGCAUAAUGAUAUGGCCGAUCUAGAAGCUAAACUUCAAGCUGUACCUAAAGAAACACCCAAGAUCAUCGCUUUCGAAAGUGUCUAUUCCAUGUGUGGAUCCGUCGCUCCCAUCGAGGCCAUCUGUGACCUUGCCGACAAAUACGGUGCUAUAACUUUCUUAGAUGAAGUACAUGCUGUAGGAAUGUACGGUCCUAACGGUGCUGGUGUAGCUGAACAUCUCGAUUACGAUGCUCAUCUCGCUACUCGACUUUCGUCCGAUCCGGUCAAGGGAAGUGUCCAGGAUCGAAUUGACAUCAUCACUGGAACUCUCGGUAAAGCUUAUGGAGUCGUCGGAGGAUACAUUGCUGGAUCAGCCGACUUGGUCGAUGUGGUUCGAUCUUACGCUCCUGGAUUCAUCUUCACCACCUCUUUGCCACCUGCUGUCGUUGCUGGUGCUCAAGCCUCGAUCGCUUAUCAAAGGGAAUACAAAGGUGACAGAAGAUUACAACAACUCAAUACCCGAGAAGUCAAGAGGCAGUUGAACGGCCUUGAUAUCCCUGUUGUACCCAACCCUUCACACAUUAUUCCAGUCUUAGUUGGUGAUGCGGCCUUGGCGAAAGAAGCGUCCGAUAUGUUGUUAUCCAACCAUAAGAUCUACGUCCAAUCUAUCAACUACCCCACCGUCGCUGUCGGAGAGGAAAGAUUGAGAAUUACUCCUACACCUGGACACUCGACUGAACAGAUCACUCACCUGGUCGAAUCGCUCGAUAACGUAUUUAACAAACUUGAAUUGAAGAGAAUUUCAGAUUGGAAAGCCAUCGGAGGACGAGCCGGUGUAGGUGCACCUAACACUGUUCCAGUGGAGAAUGUCUGGUCCGACAGACAAUUGGGUUUGGAUGAUGGAUCUGCUCCUACCAGAUUGGCCAACGGUGCCAAGGGAGUCGUCAGAGAUGAAGCUGUUGAAGUGGCUCAGAAGAGAUUGACUCAUUUACUUGGUGCCGAUGCUGGCCCAGCUUUGGCUUCUAUCCCUUAUUUAUAA